UCUACCUCAUGGCCAAAUCUACUAUAAAGGGCGAGUUGCUGCUCACAGUUCAAUCUUCAUCCAGCAGCAUCUUCAGCAUCCUCAGCAUUUCAGGUUAUCCCUUCCAGCUUUACAUUCUUCAUCUCGUUGAUCGAGUCCAUUCUUUCCAACUAAUCAAAAUCAAUACACCUUCUCUUUGAAUACCUGCUAGUCAGUCUUUUUACGACAACAUUCAAAAUGCAAUUCACUACCGCCAUCGUUUCCCUUGCUCUCGCCCUUACUGUCGCCGGUCAGGGCACUCAGUUCAUCACUGGACCAUGCACCAGCGACGCUGACUGCGCUGCCGGAUGCUGUGGCUUCAACACUGGCAAGUGCGCCGGUCCAGUCAUCGCCCUCGAGCGUGACGGUGGUUGCGGCUUCGGCUCCGGUACCCCCAACGACAACGCAGCCAAAGCUCUCGGCUUCAACGGUGGCAUCACCAGCGCCUCCAACGGCGGUGCGGUCCAGAAACAGGACGAUACCGCGGCUGGAAACCAAGGAGGUGCUCAACCUAAGGCGGCUGGCACUCAAUUCAUCACCGGAGCCUGCACCAAGGAUGCAGACUGUGCUUCAGGCUGCUGUGGUCGCCGCACUGGCAAGUGUGCCGGUGCCAUCAUUGCUCUUCAGCGUGAUGGUGGCUGUGGCUUCGGCGAUGCCCAGGCUAAUGACAAUGCCGCUAGGGCUAUGGGUUUUACUGGCGGUAUCACCUCCCGUUCCGUCAGCAACCAGGUCCGCGGCAUGGCAUGGGAGAACUAAACGUUCGCUCUUCUCUCAGUCUCAUUGCAUGAGAAUAGCAUAUCAUGUCGAGGUCUUGCACUAGUAAGGUGUAUUGCAUAGCAUUGGUUGGGGCAUUUUGGGUAUCGAUGCAUUGUAAUUGAUAGGUAGCUGGAGCGCGACGCACUUUCCUUGAUAUCCGAAAUCGCUGUGGGAUGCUGGAAUGUUUACAUUGUUAAUAUAUUAGCAAAAAAGUCUGUGAC